GACAAAAUGGCGGAAUCUGGUGCUCGGGACAGUGUGCUCAUCCUUGGCGGAACUGGAUUUAUUGGGAGGAAUUUAGUGCAUUAUUUGAUCAGCAAUGAACUGGCAGGCCGGAUUCGUGUUGCUGACAAGGUUCCCCCACAGAUGGCCUGGCUAAACCCUACCCACAAGGAAGCUUUUGCAAAUCCAAAAGUACAGUUUAAACAUUCCAACUUAAUAAAUCCAGUGUCUGUAGAGAAUGCCUUCACGGACCCAGAAGGAGAAUUUGAUUAUGUGAUCAAUCUAGCCGCUGAGACUAAGUAUGGACAAACGGAUGCUGUAUACAGGGACGGCAUAAUGCGUCUCAGUCUGAACUGUGCUCGAGAGGCGGCCAAGCGGAAAGUCAAACGAUACUUGGAGGUGUCCAGUGGACAAAUGAACUCUUCUGAAAAGCCAAUCAGAGAAGACUCCAAGUGCAACCCGUGGACACAAAUGGCCAAACACAAACACAGUGUGGAACGGGAGUUGUCAGAGAUGGCUGAUCUUAAUUAUGUAAUCGCACGACCAGCGAUUGUUUACGGACCGGGCGACAGACAGGGACUGACACCCAGACUGGUUAUUGGAGCUGUGUACAAAUACACAAAAGAAGUAAUGAAAAUGUUGUGGACAAAAGAUCUCAAAAUGAACACGGUACACGUGGAAGAUGUUUGUCGUGCUCUUUGGCAUCUCUGUCACCAUGGUAACCGGGGUGAAAUUUACAACAUUGUUGAUGACAGUGGAUCAACGCAGGGUUUAGUAAACGAACUAGUGUCUCAGAUUUACAACAUCAACCACGACUAUGUGGGCUCUGCUAUCUCCAGCAUAGCCAAGUUGAACAUGUCCAGUGUGGUAGAAGACAUCAAUGACAAGCAUAUGGAGCCAUGGGCAGAUGCCUGUCAACGCGACGGAAUUCUAAACACCCCACUCAACCCCUUCAUAGACCAGGAACUGCUAUACAACAAGCACCUUUGCCUGGAUGGACAGAAGCUCAAGGACACAGGGUUUGUGUACAGAAGGCCAGAGGUGGAGAUUAACAGUUUAAGAGAGGUACUAGACGACUUUUUAAAAAUGGGCAUCUUCCCUUCGUCACUGUUGUCGUCAGAAAUGAUUUGGAGAGACGGACAAGCUCGCAACGGUGAAGGGUUUGGUGAUCAGCUGGAGGAAGAAUGGGGAAGCGGAUGAUGCUAAGUUAUCUCCCUUGAAUUGAGAUAUUUUGAAGAGUUAUCUCUCUUGCCUUUUACACUCUAAUCACGGUAGUUCAGUAUUGGCCGGCUGGGUUAUCUCCCAUGUAUCUGUAUGCAUCAUUCGCCUCAGUAUGUGAUUCUUACACGCUCGUGACUUGAUGGUUGUCACUGGCCAAGUUGUGAAAAGUGUUUCACUAGCGGCUUGUGUGUUGCUUAACUGAUCUAACGAUGUACUAACGUACCAAGCAAUACAGAGCCACACCCAACCUUGGCAGAAAUGAGACAGGACCAAGUACAUGUAGCCCUUAUCGCGGUUAUGUGACUUAGGGAUUCCCGUUAGAUAUGUCAUCAACUUUUCCAAAAUAAGUAGGUAGUUAAUGGAGCAGCUCAUGCAUAUUCAGAUACGCAUCAACACAGGCUGUUAAUGCAUUCUCAUAUGCACAAUUAGGCUUCCCUUGGGUAUCAAAGGUCAGGAAAGACAUGCAAGGAUAUAUCAUGUGACAUUGCAAACAAGGGUUUCGUUCUCCAGAGAUCAAGACCCUGGCAAUGGAAACACAUGGAUUUACUGUACGUAUUGACCUGAACGGACAGAAUGAAGAGUCAGAAAUUCUCAGAUACAUUUGAUCUUGUCACUGACAUACAAAUAUACAAGGCCAGUGGUUGUUAUGAUGCAUUCCUGAGGAGUGUGUGAAGCUGACCUGCUCGCUAUGUUAGUACAUUAUUAAAUCAAGUGUCAGCUUCCCGCGCGGAGCUAGUGUUCCGCAUGAAAUCACUUAUGCUUUACCAGUUAUAGGAUACAAGCUGAGUCCAAGUGAACUGAAUACAGUCUCUUGGGGUAAAUCCUAAACAUGAUGGAUAACCCAGGGAGAGCACCGAGUUACCUCCCUUGUCCUGUUCUGCCGCCUUAUAGAACCACUUAUAAAUUUGUGUCUGUAAGAAAUACUUACAGGGCCGGGUAAGAGUUUAGGGGAAUAUUGCAUGAUAGAUUUGGCUUAAAUGUUCUUAAAAAUGCCAAUUUAAAAAAAAAUCUUCAUGUACGAAAAUUUAUAACUACAUGUAAUCUUGACCCUAUAAUUUGCUCUGUAAAACAUUAAGUGAAAAUUUCUUAAUAUCUGAAAAUAUUUUACCCAAGUUAGCUCACUGUUAAAAAAGGUUUCUAAAUUAAACAGCUGUAUUUAGGCCAAAGUAUAAUUCAUUCAUUUUCAUGAAGUUUCAUUACAGAUUUUUUUUAAAAACAGCACAAAUGAAAAAAAAUAAUCGUCAGGAAAAUACGGUAGGUAAUUAUGACGAUCCUCACAGUCUGCUAUAUCCAAUAGACCGUGAAGAAAUAUUUGAAGAAUGUAAGGCUUCAUUUAAUACACCUAAAGGUCAAACACUCAUUGACCUCUAUGCUUCCAUUUUGAGAUUACAUAUACCACACAUUGUAUAUCUGGUUAUUUUACUGUUUUAGGGAAGAAAAUGUCUCCACCAUAUAUUGAAUUUGCAUAUUAUUUUUUUGCUUCCAGACCAUGCAUGUUACGUACAUUUUACACAUGAUGUUGUUGUUCCAUGGAUGUUUAAGCAGGUGUGCAUAUAGUAGAUGUAUACUUGCAUUUUUUCCAGAUAUUUCGUUUAUUGUAAUUCCAUGAGUCCUGUGAUUUUGGUGCAGAUUUGUACCAAUUUGAUGAUUAUUGUUGAUUGGAGGGCAGAGUAAUUGAUGUCAUUUCAAAAUGUGUGUUUUCAUUUGAAUUAUAAACUUAUUGAAUCAAGUCUAAAUUGACAUGUGAUCCAUAAAAUUUUUUUACCUGAUUUAACAAUAUUUUGAUUGUUUUAUUGUCAACAGGAUAUCUUACAAGCUAAAUGACUUACACAACUGUGAAAUUUGGAACACAAUAUUUGUACCUUGAUAGUCUGAUUGACAGGAUUUGACAAACAUUUCCUCAAUUGUCCCGUGUUUCUCCAAUUAUUUCUGAGUUUUCGCUGUACUGUUAAACGAUUUGAGCACACCGUGAGCUGGCCUGAAAC